UACAAAUGAAAAUAAAGUUGAAGAUAUUAAGAUAAAAUUUAAGAAUUUAAGGUCAUCGGACAGUGGUUGCAAAUAUGGAUUAAUGUUCAUAGGCACUACUAGUGGAAGCGUUUGGGGAAUUGAAAAACCUGGCAAAGUUGUUGCUAAUAGGAUAAGAGAUUUGGCCAGAUCUGCGCUUUUGUACGUUGACGAAUUGAUAGAGAAUGGGGAAAAUAGGGAGUUCAAGAGACUUUUUGUAACGCCACUUUCAGAUUAUGACAUGAUUAUUCAUUUAGAUCCAUACCAGUGCACAAGAUACUAUCAAAAUAUUUUUGUCGAUGCACAGUAUUUAUCACACGAUAAGAAAAAGAUACUUUCUUUAAAGGUUGACACUAUUGAUGAAAGCAAUGAUAAUGUGAUGAGAGAUCGUGUAGAAAAAGAAGGAAAAAUGAUUGCUAUGGUUGGGUUUGAUCCUGUAGAAUAUUAUUUGGGUGAACUGAGAAAAUUAUACUCUGACAUAGCUUUAUUCUUUCAUGAUAAGCAUGGUGGGACAGUAAUUGGAGUUGUUUGGGUACCAAUAAAUUUUACACCUAAACCAUGGAAAGUUAGCACUGAAAUUAAUAAUAUUUUGGUAUCAAAAAUUGAAAAUUAUAAGAAUCAAAAGGAUGGUUAUGAUAAUCAAAAUAUAAUAUUAAAUACUAAAGCUAUUACUUUAGAAAUGGAAAGAUUAGGUGAAGAAUUGGUUAUUGGGGUUGAAAUUAGUAAAG